AUGGUUAAAUUCUGGGAUUCAUUUCAAGUUUACAAUAGACAUAAACAUGACGAUCCGACCCUAUAUGGAGGAACCAACACCAAUAUAGGAUCAAAUAAUACCCAAUAUUUGUAUGCAAGAGAAGUGUACGAUACAGGAGUGAAAACAAGUCCUUCUACAGUCGAUGAGUCUAAUGUGACUCAGAUACCAAAAAGAAAAUCUUCUGUGUCAUCCAGUGAUUCAACACCAACAACGACAACAACAACUUUAUCUUCUCCAAAUAUGACUGAAGAUAAUGGAAAUAAAAUUAAUAAUACAGAUACCAUGACUGAAAAAUUUGGAAGUAUCACAAAUAAAAGUUUUUCAAUAAGAAACCCCUUAGAGGGGUUAGAUGAAAUAACAAAAAAACAGAUAUCUGACAUGUCACAAGGAGAGUUUCAGAGUAUUUAUAAUACUUUAAAGAAAGGUGGACCGAAUAACAAUGUUAAUUUUUAA